UCGUAGAUCAAUGAACCGGACCGUACGGUUGGUCCGUCGUCGGGUAUUUGCAUCUGACAGUAUAGAUGUGUCAGUACCUAUGUAGACUAAAGAGGACAAAACAAAAAAAACAAAACCAAACCCCCGCUUUCAGUUUCUCGGUAGUAGUGUCAGCCAUCCCGUGUAGUAUGUCGAUAUUGUGAAUCUAAAGGUUACUUUGGAGACCCUUCGGAUUAAGCUUUAAUAUAUCUGGCGGUUCCUCGUCGCCGUUGUUGGAUCUGAUUAGCGAAAUAAAAUAGGCUACAACUGUUACCUCCAGGAUGAUCUUUGCGAAUACAGGAAACCCGCUGAAGACACCAAAUCGUAAGCAGUCCUACCCCAUGACUCCGUCCAGUCCAAGCAGCAGCAGCAACAGCAGCAGCACAGGUUUGGAGCAGCUGAGCAAAACUAACCUGUACAUCCGAGGUCUGCCCCCUGCUACAACAGACCUGGAUCUGGUAAAACUCUGCCAGCAGUAUGGCAAGAUCCAAUCAGCGAAGGCAAUCCUGGACAAGACAACCAACAAAUGUAAAGGUUAUGGCUUCGUGGACUUUGACAGCCCAGGGGCAGCUUUGAAAGCCGUGCAUGCCCUCAAAACCAGUGGUAUACAAGCGCAAAUGGCCAAGCAGCAGGAGCAGGACCCAACCAACCUCUAUAUCUCCAACCUGCCUCUCUCUGUGGAUGAGCAAGAACUAGAGAGCAUGCUGCGCCCAUUUGGCCAGGUGGUGUCCACUCGGGUCCUCAGAGAUUACAGCGGCAACAGCCGAGGCGUGGGCUUCGCCAGGAUGGACACAACAGAGCAGUGCAAUGCAGUGAUCUCCCACUUCAAUGGGAAAUUCAUCAAGACAGCCUCUGGAUGUCUGGCUCCUUCCGAGCCCUUGUUGUGUAAGUUUGCAGACGGCCAGAGGAAGAAACAUUCUCACAGUCCGUUAGUUCCCAACGGACGGACAUGGUCCAGGGAAGGGGAUCUAAGACUAGGUUCGAUGACGCUUGCCUAUGACCCCUCCUCAGUAACUAUGCAGAGUGGGUUCUAUCCUUCUCCUUAUCCUUUGACUAAUAGGAUGAUGAUUGCCCAGCCUGCCAUGUCUCCCUACAUGUCCCCGGUCUCUGUCUACCAGGUACAGAAUCAUUCUUGGAUGGCACAUCCAUCAUACAUAAUGCAACACCCGAGUGCUGUGAUGUCUCCCUCUGUGGAUCCCUCCAUGUCACUGCACCCCACAUCCAUGAUUACUCAGCAGAUGGGCCAUCUGUCUUUAGGAAACAGUGGAAUGUAUAUUGCAGCUAACCCUGCUGCGCAAGGAGCUUAUAUGCCCCAGUGCCAUCCCAUGCAGACUACACCUGACAAUGGCACGCAGCAGCAGGUAGAUUCAUCCAAUAACUCAUCUCCUUACAGUCAACACAGCAAGUAAUCGGAGAUUACCCUCUGUGAGCCAUAAUGGAGGAUGUGGGCAGUUAACACAUGGCAUCACAGUGAUAGCAGUGUUGGCCCUCUCUGAUUGGACCUGACUGAUGAACUGGUUGCACACCCCAAACUUUUAUGGCGGAAUAUGAUGGCAGUGUAAACGGACUCAAAAGUAGUUGACUAAUCAUGGAAAAGCAAGUUUUAUUUUGAUAAAAAAAAAAAAGAAAAGACAUGUACAUUUUUCCCCCCUCUUCCAACGAUUCUCAAACAAGUGACAUAAGACACCCAUGUGUGAUGUGAUGUUCAAAAUGCAUGAGAUUGAAAUAUUUCCCCCCGAGGAAGGUUUCAGUGAUUUUAUAGGUAGUUCAUUUAUGAGAUUUGAAAAACCUCGCUUGCACUGAAGAGUUACGUUUUAAAAUUUGCCUCAUUUUGUUUUCUCUUUAAGUUGUCAUGGAAGUACCUUGCAUAAAUCACUUCAACUACAUUGACAACAAUACACAACCAACUUCCUAGAAAAUUAAUGAAUUUACUAUUGGAAAAAGGUGCCUUCUUCAUGUCACAUUAAACAUUUUACUAGUGUCAUUGAACGGGUACCUUGAUGAGGUAUAUUUUGAUUCAUAGCAAUAAAGACGAUGAGAGUCCAACUGCAAUACACGCGAAUAGGAAUUGUGACAAGCUCGGCAGAUUCCAUCCUGUUACUUACCACUUUUGUUUUUGUUUUCUUCAAGAUAUGAUCUUAACUAAGAGCUGUACUUUUAUGAAAUUGUAGGAACUUUUACACGGAACGGGCAUCUAUUAGGUGGUUUUUUGUUUUUGUUUUUUUUGCUCCAGAGGUCAGUUUGACCAGUGAUCUACCUCAUGGUUCUGUUGCUGCUGGCGCCGCGGGGUUUUUUUGAGGUUACGGCCCUUCUCGCCAGAACGGUCUUAGCAGGACGAACGCCAAGCUCAGGAGCUGGCAUAUUAGGACUUUUAAUGUCUCCCACUUAAAAAUUACUCUUCCAACUCCGCAACGGAACAUUGUGCUUUUGCUUCAUUUUUAUUUGUCCGAUUCUUCACAUUGUUCUUUUUUUUUCCUUUUUUUUUUUUUUUACAUUUUGAGUGUGGUGAUGUUGUGAUGCUCCCUUUUUAGAAGUCCUUAGCUAAAGCGAAUAACUAGCUUCUCUUUGAAAUAAAGCUCUUUUAAGUGGUGCUUGAAAAGCAAAAUAAAUGCAAGCUAUAUAGAUUUUUUUUUUUGUGAGAUCUCCUGCAAAAUAGCGUUGUUGCAGAUCGCAGAUGGGACGCCGUCGGUCACUUUUCUUCCUUCCUGUUUUCUUUGAGUAAGACAAAAAGAAAAAAAGCCAUAAUUCUGGAUGGCACUGUUACUAUGCAGCUCUCUGCAACAAGGCUGGGAUUUGAUUCAAUCAGAACCGGGGGGGGGCGCGGGGGGGUUCUUCAUAAAUACUGCAUCUUCACUAAAUGACAAGCAACAGGUCUGUUUUGGAUAAACUGGGAAAUCUCUUCCAACUAAACCCAACAACAGUAAUGUACACAAACAUGUUGUGUAGCUGGAGAUAUGUCAUCACAGACACAGCGAUAGGAAAUCUCAGUGGUGGCGGAUUUGUUUCGACGCCUCGCUGACCGAAGUAAGAUUGACAGCAUGACUUUCAGGGUUUGGUGGCAAAAUUAGUAAUGUAAAUUGUAUAGAUGUAUGGCCAAAAAAAAAAUACUGUACAAUUUUGUGUUUGUUUUUCUGUUUUACAUGUCUGGCAGAUGUAAGAAAUCUAAAAAAAAAAAAAAGUAGAUUUUUUUUUUCAUGUAUUAUGUUAUAGCAUCAUUGUUUUUUGUGUCACUAUCACCUGACUCUCCAUCAGUUCUUCCCUUGCUCUUUCCACUGAACAGAUUGAAAUAAAACAGCACUCACAC